CUCCCGGUCUCAGCUCAAGGCCGAUGUCGGCAGAGCUGAAAAAACAGGAUGCCCUGGGCAGCUAUGAGACCCUGAAGGUGGAGCGAGUGCGAGAGAAGGUGUUGCACGUGGAACUCAACCGGCCGGAGAAAAGGAAUGCCAUGAACAGCGCCUUCUGGAGGGAGAUGGUCGAGUGCUUCAACAAGAUCGCUCAAGACUCGGAAUGUCAUGCCGUGGUCAUAUCUGGUGCUGGGAAAAUGUUCACUGCAGGUAUUGACCUGGUGGAAAUGGGCAGCGUGUUCAUGACGGUGGAAGGGGACGACACGGCCCGGAAGGCCUGGAACCUUCGCAAGAAGAUCCGGGAGUAUCAAGAGACCUUCACGGUGCUGGAGAAGUGCCCAAAGCCCGUCAUUGCUGCCAUCCACGGAGCCUGCAUCGGAGGAGGUGUGAACCUCAUCACAGCCUGUGACAUCCGCUACUGUACCCAGGAUGCUUGGUUCCAGGUGAAGGAGGUGGACAUCGGGCUUGCAGCUGAUGUUGGUGCUUUACAGCGCUUGCCUCACGUCAUUGGGAACCGGAGCCUGGUGAACGAACUGGCUUUCACAGCCCGGAAGCUAAUGGCUCCGGAAGCACAGAGCUGCGGCCUUGUCGGCCGCGUAUUCCAAGACAAGGAAACCAUGAUGCAGAGCGCCUUCGACUUGGCUGUCGAGAUCGCCUCCAAGAGCCCGGUGGCCGUACAAGGCACCAAAAUCAACCUUCUCUACUCCAGGGAUCACUCAGUGCCUGAAGGCCUGAAAUACAUGGCCACCUGGAACAUGAGCAUGCUGCAGACGGAGGACAUCCUCAAGUCAGCUCAAGCCGUCAUGGAGAAGAAAACUACCAAGGAGGUUGUGUACUCCAAGUUGUAG